CAGUGUGCGUGCGGCCUUGAGCGGGGGAGAGCGUAUUGCCGCCCUUAUCUCCAUGGGCCUCUAGUGGUGCCAUGUGCCAGGCAAGACAGUGCCGGGAACGUUGUGUUGGCGGGGGCGUUGCGUGCCAGGCAUAACUAUUAGCAGGAGAGGCUGGGUGGACUGAGGAAGCCAGCAAAUAAACCCCCACCUCCUCUGCCUCGCCUAUAGGCCUAUGCGGGCAGUGCUGGAGGGACACUUGAGAGGAAGAGACUAACCCCAAAGAUGUCACCAUGAGUAUGCUUCUAGAGUACAAGAACACAGCAACUUCACCUGUUUCAAGACAAACAGCAUCCUCUCCAAGACAAGCAGCAUCCUCUCCAAGGCAACCAGCAUCCUCUCUAAGGCAUACAGCAUCUUCUACUCUUCCAAGACAAACAGCAUCCUCUCCUCCUCCCAGACAAAUGUCCAGAGCCACAGAGAGCCACAGGUCGCCAUGGAGCCAGACAGCAUGCCGGACAAGCUCUUGGGGGGUGAUGGAGAUGGGCAGAAAGACGACUUGGUGGCUCCAGUAAAUCUGGCCUAUGAAGACCCACUGCCAGGCUCACCCCAAGGCACUGCAGAGGACCCGGCCGAGAGGGAGGAUGAGGUGGACAAGGAGGCAAAAUCAGAGGUGCAAGAAACCACCACCAGCACUACCACUACAACCUCCACCCCUUCCAUCCCUGCCCCUUCCCCCACCAGGCAGAGAGACACCCUUGAAAACCUCCCCCCAGUGGAUAGCAGAGCCCCUUCACAGCGCCACACAAGGACGGCCAGCCAAUUGUCCAUAAGUGAUGCCUCCAACAACGCAGCCUCGGAGCCUGAUGUCGGAGGCGUGGAAGAGAGCGACGGCUAUGCCACGCCAGAGUUCAACAAUCGCAGUGCAGCGUACAGUGAGGCGGCCACACUGCCUAUCGGCUCUCCAAGCGUGGAGGAGAAACUGCAGGAAUGGGAGAGGGACAGAACCUCCGAGGAGAAGAGAUUGCCUGCCAGGGGGGGUGAAGUGGGCCGCUGUGAGGGCUGCUGCAGCUGCCUCCUGCGGGCGAACCACAAGCUGCCUGAACACCCCACGACAGCACAGCACCUCAAGUAUUCCCUCACCUGCCCCCCCCACGGCAAGGUGGGGGACACUCUGCUAUGGGUGGUGAUGGUCCUGACCGCUUGGGGCUGCCUGGUCUGCAUCACUGGCCGCCAAGCUCUGCCAGGGGGUAACCUGUUCAGCCUGGCCGUGCUGUACGUGGCUGCCGUGCUGGCUGCCCGCCUCGCCUCCGCUGUGGCCAUGCCGCCACUCCUGGGAAGCCUCCUGGCGGGCAUUCUGUUCAAGAGCGUGCCAGGCAUAAACAACGUGGGGCAUAGCGUGGAUGUCUAUUGGUCUGCCGUGAUAAGAAAUCUUGUCCUGGUCAUCAUCCUUCUCCGCGCCGGGCUUGGGCUUGACCCUGAGGCGCUGCGGAAGCUGAGCUGUGUGGUGCUGCGUCUUGCCCUGUUGCCCUGCAUGGUGGAGGCUGUGGCAACCGCCCUCAUGACCAAACUCCUCCUUGGCCUGCCCUGGUUGUGGAGUUUCAUGUUGGGGUUCAUCGUGGCAGCGGUCUCCCCAGCUGUGGUCGUUCCAGGGCUACUGAGGCUGGGGGAGGAGGGCUAUGGGGUGGAGGCUGGCAUCCCCACUCUGGUCAUCGCCGCCGCCAGCCUCGAUGACGUUCUGGCCAUCACAGGAUUCUCGGUCAUGCUGGGAUUGACGUUCGCUGAGGGAUCGCUGGGUUGGACGUUAGCCAAGGGGCCGCUGGAGGUGGUGGCGGGGCUGGUGUAUGGGGCGGUGUUCGGGGCGCUGUGCUGGCUGCUGCCCCACCGAGAGAGCAAGGACAGGCCGGCGUACAAGUUCAUGUUGCUCUUCUGCCUUGGUACGCUGGGCAUGUUUGGCAGCUACAAGGUUGGACUCAAGAGCUCCGGCCCCAUCGCUGUUCUGUCCCUGGCCUUCGUGACGGGCCUGGGCUGGCGACGGGGAGGCAGUUGGGAUGCUGAGGUGACAGUCUACUACCGAGUGCUCUGGGAGGUGUUUCAGCCAGCUCUGUUUGUCCUCAUCGGAGUGGAGAUUGAUGUCGGGAGCAUAGACACUGGCACCAUAGGCUGGGGUCUGCUGGUCCUGGUGGUGUGUCUCAGCCUGCGUGUGGCCACCUCCUUCCUGGUGGUGGCUGGUGCUGGGUUUUCGCUGCUGGAAAGGUUCUUCAUUGCCAUUGCCUGGCUACCCAAGGCCACUGUGCAGGCGGCCAUCGGAUCUCAGGCCCUGGACUAUGUGAGGCAAAAUGACGGCACUGCAGAGGACAUAUUCAGAGGAGAGCAGGUGGUGACCCUUGCUGUCAUGGUGAUCCUGGUGACCGCUCCCAUCGGCGCUGCGGCCAUCAAGCUCACUGGGCCAAAGUUCCUCGCCCGCCGCCGCCCGAGUGACCCGCUGACCCAAGCCUAGACCUGCCAACUAUGUUGCUCGCCCACUGGCUUAUAGGGCUGGUAAGGGGAUGUCUGUGUGUGUGUGUGUGAGUGUGUGUGUGAGUGUGUGUGUGUGGAGGUCCUUCAGAGAGAGAGAGAGAGAGAGUGUGUGUAUCUAUCUAUAUAUUUCCUUCAUCAGUGUUUCUUCCUCUUUGUCUCUUUCUCUCUGUAUGUGUGUGUGUGUGUGUGUGUGUGUGUGUAUGGAGGCCCUUCAGAGAGAGAGAGAGAGAACGCUUGGGUGAAUGAGUCAACAUAUAUAUUCCUCCGUCACUGUGUUCUGCCGUGCCUUGCUUCCCUUCGUUCCCAGCAAGCCAAGGUCACACAACGAGACUCGCUGCGCCUUUGUAAAUCAGUGAAGUGCUGUCGACGUUGCCAUGUGUAUUUUUAACCCCCCGAGACGUCAUGUAUUUUUCCCGUAUUAUGAGAACCAGUGAGAUUUUCCACGCCUGUCGAGUCUCCUGUUUGAUUAUGUGUGUCUGAGGAGGUUGUCGGUAGUGGUGGAGGUGUCAGUAUUGUGUUAGUAAGUGUGUCAUGUCUUGUGGUACCUUUUCUUAGCGCACAGUCUUCUAAUUCUUCUUUUUCUCAUUUCUUGUUUUUUUAUUUCAUUUUUGUCAUUAUUUUAAAUUUUUUCGUUUCAAUUUUCUAAUAUUUUUUUAACUUUUAUUAUUUUUACGUUUUUUUUUCUUCAUUAUUUCUGUCUAUCAUUUUUUACUUAGUUCUUCUUCUAUCCUCUUCCCUUACCUUCCCUCCCUUACCUUCUUCAUUCUGCCCUCAUCUUCACUUUCCUUACCCUUACCUUACCCCUACCUUCCCUCC